AGUGAUAACAAUAAUAGGUAGAAAUUGUAGAGUCUUAAAUACACAACGACCACCUCAGUUCGAUUUAAAAGGAGCUUAAAAUGCUAACUGGCUGGCAUCCGUGCAUCCUUGGACUGCUACUCUGCCAAGUGGCGUUCAAUUCGCGCUUAACACAAGCACUGCCCGAUAUCAUCAAAAUCGGUGGCCUCUUCCAUCCCUCCGAUGAUAAUCAGGAGCUCGCCUUCCGCCAGGCCGUCGAGCGCAUCAACGCCGACCGUUCAAUAUUGCCGCGCUCCAAGCUGGUGGCCCAAAUCGAGCGCAUCUCGCCAUUUGACAGUUUUCAUGCCGGCAAACGCGUUUGCGGUUUGUUGAACAUUGGCGUCGCUGCAAUUUUUGGGCCACAAUCCUCGCAUACCGCCAGCCAUGUGCAGAGCAUUUGUGACAACAUGGAGAUACCCCACUUGGAGAAUCGCUGGGACUACAGGCUGAGGCGGGAAAGUUGCCUUGUGAAUCUUUAUCCGCAUCCUAAUACGCUUUCAAAGGCUUAUGUGGAUAUUGUGCGUCAUUGGGGCUGGAAGACGUUUACCAUAAUCUAUGAGAACAAUGAUGGGAUUGUGCGACUGCAGGAGCUGCUCAAGGCACAUGGCAUGACACCGUUUCCCAUUACUGUGCGUCAACUAAGCGACAGUGGCGACUAUCGACCGCUACUUAAACAAAUCAAGAACUCCGCCGAGGCACACAUUGUGCUCGACUGCUCCACCGAGAAGAUUCACGAGGUGCUGAAGCAGGCGCAGCAGAUCGGCAUGAUGAGCGACUACCAUAGCUAUUUGGUUACCUCGUUGGAUCUGCACACUGUCAACUUGGAUGAGUUUCGCUAUGGCGGCACCAACAUCACCGGCUUUAGACUGAUAAACGACAAGGUCGUAACGGAUGUGGUACGUCAGUGGAGCAUCGAUGACAAAGGCAUGCUGCGUUCGGCCAAUUUGACGACCGUGCGAUCGGAGACCGCCCUCAUGUACGAUGCAGUGCAUCUAUUUGCCAAGGCUCUACACGACCUGGACACAUCGCAGCAGAUUGACAUACAUCCGAUAAGCUGCGACGGCCAGAGCACUUGGCAGCACGGCUUCAGUCUGAUUAACUACAUGAAGAUUGUGGAAAUGAAGGGGCUGACGAAUGUCAUCAAGUUCGAUCAUCAAGGCUUUCGAACAGACUUUGUCCUGGAUAUUGUGGAACUCACGCCGGCUGGCAUACGUAAAAUAGGCACCUGGAACUCCACACUGCCGGAGGGUAUCAACUUCACCAGGACUUUCAGUCAAAAGCAGCAGGAGAUUGAGGCGAAUUUGAAGAAUAAAACGCUCAUUGUCACAACUAUAUUGAGCAACCCCUAUUGCAUGCGCAAGGAAUCGGCGGUACCGCUAUCCGGCAACGAUCAAUUCGAGGGCUAUGCUGUGGAUCUUAUACAUGAAAUUUCCAAGUCUCUAGGUUUCAACUACAAGAUACAACUGGUGCCAGAUGGCAGCUAUGGCAGUCUUAACAAAAUGACCGGCGAGUGGAAUGGCAUGAUUCGGGAGCUGUUAGAACAACGCGCAGAUCUGGCCAUAGCCGAUCUAACUAUCACAUUUGAGCGCGAACAGGCCGUCGAUUUUACCACACCUUUUAUGAAUCUGGGUGUUUCCAUACUAUAUCGCAAGCCCAUCAAGCAACCGCCCAAUUUAUUCUCCUUCCUCUCUCCCCUUUCGCUCGAUGUUUGGAUCUACAUGGCCACAGCCUACUUGGGAGUCUCAGUACUGCUCUUUAUACUGGCCAAAUUCACCCCCUAUGAGUGGCCCACCUACACGGACGCACAUGGAGAAAAGGUCGAGAGUCAGUUCACUCUGCUCAACUGCAUGUGGUUUGCCAUCGGCUCGCUAAUGCAGCAGGGCUGCGACUUUUUGCCCAAAGCACUAUCGACGCGCAUGGUAGCCGGCAUGUGGUGGUUCUUUACACUGAUCAUGAUCUCAUCAUACACCGCCAAUCUGGCUGCCUUUCUCACAGUAGAGCGUAUGGACUCGCCCAUCGAGAGUGCUGAGGACUUGGCUAAGCAAACCCGCAUUAAGUAUGGUGCGCUUAAGGGUGGCAGUACGGCAGCGUUUUUUAGGGACUCAAAAAUCUCGACAUAUCAACGAAUGUGGUCGUUCAUGGAAUCUGCACGGCCCUCAGUCUUUACGGGCAGCAACGGCGAGGGUGUUGAUCGUGUGGCAAAAGGCAAAGGUUCCUACGCAUUUCUCAUGGAGUCCACAUCCAUCGAGUAUGUCACCGAGCGGAACUGCGAAUUGACGCAAGUUGGUGGAAUGUUGGACACCAAGAGCUAUGGCAUUGCCACACCACCGAACUCGCCGUAUCGCACAGCCAUCAAUAGCGUCAUACUCAAGUUACAGGAGGAGGGAAAGCUGCACAUUCUGAAAACGAAAUGGUGGAAGGAGAAGCGUGGCGGCGGGAAAUGUCGCGUGGAAACUUCGAAGUCAUCAUCGGCUGCUAAUGAGUUAGGACUGGCGAAUGUGGGCGGGGUGUUCGUUGUACUAAUGGGCGGCAUGGGCGUGGCCUGUGUCAUAGCUGUGUGCGAAUUUGUGUGGAAGUCGCGUAAGGUCGCCGUCGAGGAGCGUCUAAGUGCCAUAUUGAAUGAAUGAGAAAAGUCGUAAACCCGUGAUGAAUGGGUUUAAGAUCGACAACUUUGAACAAGGAAUCAAACCAUCAAAACGACACCAGCAAUAAAGAGCGUACAAUAUAUUUUGUAUUUGUGGAAACGCCUGCAUACCAAUUCAAAUUAAAUUCAAGCAAAUUCGCAGAAAGAACGACCAACAACUGAAUACAACAAUUUUGGCGUAAAGCCAUCGGAGCUGUUUGAAAUUAUUAGAAGUUCUUAUGAAGAUCUGAUAUUUCUGGAUCAAAAUUCAUAGACCGAUAUUAUAUGCUAAAUACCAACUAUAUGUGAAAUCCAAUCGAAAAUAUACA